CAUGAAUCCACACGAUUCGUACUCUCCACGUGCGCGACGUGCACUGUCCUGCUAUUUACGUUCAAUACGUGCGUUCAAGUCAACGCAGGCUCGCACCGGGAAAAUGCUCUAUCUCGUAGGUCUGGGGCUCGGAGAUGUUAAGGACAUCACCUUGCGAGGCUUAGAAAUCGUAAAGAAAUGUUCCAAGGUGUAUCUGGAGUCGUACACAUCUGUGCUCUCCGCUGGACAGAGUCAGCUUGAAAAAUUCUACGGGAAAGAACUGAUCCUUGCCGAUCGGGAAAUGGUCGAGCAAGGAAGUGAAGAAAUGUUGCAGGCUGCGAAAAAUGAAGAUGUCGCUUUUCUCGUUGUUGGCGACCCACUCGGUGCCACCACGCAUUCUGAUCUGAUGCUGCGAGCGCACGAGCUUGGGGUUCAAACUCGGCUGGUCCACAACGCUUCAAUCUUGACGGCUGUUGGAUGCUGCGGCUUGCAGCUCUACAGCUUUGGUGAGACAGUUUCCAUUGUGCUGUGGACCGAGAGCUGGAAACCACACAGCUACUAUGACAAAAUCGCAGCCAAUAGGAGGCGAGGGCUUCACACACUCUGUCUGCUAGACAUCAAGAUGAAAGAAAAGACGGUGGAGAACAUCAUCAAGGGGAGGGACAUCUACGAGCCACCCAGGUUUAUGACGGCUUCCGAAGCUGCAGAUCAGCUACUCCAGAUCCUCGAAACAAAGAAGGAAGAAGGCAUUCCGGAAGGAGAGCUCGCUUACAGCGAAAACAGCAUGUGCAUCGGUCUGGCGCGCGUUGGUACAGAGACCCAACAAGUUGUCUGUGCGUCGCUGAGGGACAUGUCAUCGUGUGACCUUGGUGGCCCUCUCCACAGUCUCAUUGUCCCGGGAAAAUUGCAUCCCAUGGAACUUGAAAUGCUCAAGCUGUUUGUUGUUGACCAGGCAUGGUUUGAUGAGGUCUGUAGAAGAAGCACCGAGUAGGUUAGAAACAGAGACAUGGAACAAGAGACUGCCUCUAAGUGUAUAUACACAUAUAUUUCUCGUGGAUUAUACUUUGGUGUUGAAUAAAUGUUCUUUUGUUUGUUUGA